CUGAAAAGAAAAGAACGAUAACUCUUUAUGAAAUAUUUUAAAUCCACUUUCGUUUUGAAAAAUCAUCUAUACAGUGAAUUAGAUAAUGAUACAUCAUAUAUUUGAUAUGUGAACCAUGACCUUUGAAAGCUGAAACCUGAUUGGACAUAUUUUUAAUACGCAAUUAUGAAGGUUUUGCGAUAAGUAUGCCUGAAUCUAUUAUGUUCGCAAAGUGUUUAAAAAUAGAGUACAUGAAAUUCCCACACGAAUGGAGUUCUUUAAGAAUCCUUUCUUUCUGUUCCUAUGUUUGGAGUGUGCGGCUUUGCUAAUAUUAAUUAUUUGUGUUCUACUACAAAUAGUCAGUGGUACCACAUACAGUGAUGAAGAUGUGGCAUUUAUUACCGUUGUUUUGGUCGUCGGUCUCCUCAUUGUAAUUUGUACUAUCUGUGUCAAGCCAGCCAUACGGAAUGACAUCAAUCUGCAAGAACAAAGGCUGGUAGAAGAAACGGCGAUAACCAGAAAACUUAAACCCGUGCAUGGAUUAUUAGAAUCUGACUGUUCAAUUUGUCUGAUGACGAAGCAGUGCGCAACCCUGGUACAACUCAGCUGUUCACACGUUUACCACGAGCAUUGUGUAAGGCAUUGGUUCGCCGUAUCUGGGGAUUUUCGCUGUCCCGAGUGUCGUGAAGCAUGUCUAGAUCGUCCUGUGCUGGCGAGGAUAUUGCAGACUCUCAGUCCUCUGUGGAAAUCCAAAGAAAGAAAGAACGUGUUUCCUUCAAUGGAGAUUGUUCAGAUUUAGUGCUUGACUGAUUGUAUAUAGUUCAGGUCAUCGCACAAGAUGCAACUUUCAUUUGAAAAAAAAAUCAUAUAAUUUUCUAAUGAAAGUUUCAUAUGAAUUCAUAUUUCAUGGGUUUUUGUAAAUUCAUAACCGAAAUAUAUGAAUCGUUUUUCAUCAAAUGGGUACGAAUUUUAUUUGAUGUACAUAUGAUAUGACUCAUAUACAAGUUCCCACGUUGAGGUCCUGCAAACUACCUCUGUCUCUCUCUGUCUGUCUCUCUUUCUAACUCUUUAUCCCCUAGUUAAACUGCAAGGCCGAUUAAAAAGAAAGUGUAAAGGACCCAGUUCUUUUUUGUGCUUAUGGCAUUUUCCGUUAUUUUCACACUCAUCAGAUUCAUGUACGUGGAACUGUUGUUUUUAAAGGGAUAGUAAAGGUCAUUUUGUUCAAUUUUUUUUUUAUAAAGAAUUAAAAUGAAUCCAAGUGACUCAUACAAGUCAUUUUCUGUUUAAAAUAACAAUUUUAUGCAUUUAUCUGCAUUUACUUCCAAAUUAUAAAAUGAUCAUAAUCUUCAAAUCAUGGCUCCUGAAUUUUUGCUUCCUAGACAAAUAUUCAAUCUGCUAUACAAGCUGGCUCCUAGUGUAACUUUUGACAAACAUGCAGUCAUUUCAAAAUUGAAAUACAUCAUUCAUAUAUCUUUUGUAAUCAUAUUAGAAAGGAAUAAGAUGAUUUGGGGAGAGAGAGAAGAAUUCACCAAAAUGGGUUUUACUGUCUCUUUAAGAUAGAUAUUGAUGUGAUACCAUUUCGUUAUGAUGACGUAUUAUCUCAGAGUCACGUUUUGUAACCCAGUGGUUUAUUAUACCUGUCAUUAUUUCCUGUUUAUUAUCUACUAUUUAUUUUACUGCUCUUUGAUUUAGAACUCAGUCUUUCUCGGAAUCUGCCAUAAUCGAAUUCAUUAUCCAAAGUAUGUAUGUAUUUAUGACCAUUUCAUAUUAUACAUGUAUAUUGUGUUGUUAUUUAUUUUUUAUACAUGCUGAAAGGGUAUCAAUGUAAAAUACUUUAAUAUAUCCUAUGUGAUAAUUAUUAUUCAUUGUAUAUAGAAAGAAUAUUUUGAUAUAUCUUAGAUAUCAUAUGAUACUUUUCUGUACAGAAGUAGAAUAGUUUGAUAUAUUUACAUUUCUAACUGUUUCCAUUUAAAGCUCUGUUAAUUUUUCUUAUAUACUUCAUCAGCAUGUACAUUUCGCACUUGCCUAUGUUAUGUAAGUGGGCGGGGACUAUGAAAAUUUCUUCAAUAGCCUAUGUGGUAUGAUUAGUAAAUAUAUUUUGUAUAACUUAUGAUAUGAUAUAUCAUUGUACAGGAGUGGAAUAUUUUGAUAUAUCCUAGAUGUGAUACGAUAUAUUAUUGUACAGAAGUGGAAUAUUUUAAUAUAUCUUAGAUGUGAUACGAUAUAUUAUUCUGCAGAAGUGGAAUAUUUUGAUAUAUUCUAGAUGUGAUAUAAUUUGUUUUACGUAUGUGAUAUAAGAUUUAUUACAGUAUAUAUUCAGUCCUAGACAAGAACACUAAGAAAUCUUUGUUUUGCCUCCGACUAGAAAUAGACAUAACCUGAUUGUCGUUUAGACGGCAAGUUGCAAAAUUAAGACGGCAACAUGGUGUCUAUAUCGUCUUUUUUAUUGUAUAUGUUUCUUAUUUAUUUGUUAAACAUAUUGAUCCUCGACAAAACAAACGCUUAUUACAUGUAGGUUUGUUAUUGACUGCCUACAGAAAUUUGUCGGGUUGUCAAACUCCAUAGAAUUUUUUAUUGAUUUUCUACAGCCUCGCCUUCUACGGACUCUAACAACCUGUCAGAUUAACGGGUUUGUUUUGAAACUUUUUCGUAGAAUUUCCUAAAAGCAGAUUUCUUGGUGGUCAAUAAAUAAAACAGGUAUCAUGUUUGUUAUUGACCGUCUACAGAAAUAUGUUGGGUUUAUUACAUGUACGUCCGUAGAUGGCUUCGCCUCGUGGUCUAUGGACUGGAUUGUCCCGUAAACGGUCAGUAAGAAACCAUUGUGAGAUAAUUUACUACUGUUCAGAACUAGAAUAUGUUAAUUCAUCCUAAGUGAUAUCGAUAUAAUGUACAUGUACUUGUCUGUAUUAUGUAAAGUUCAUUCACGGGUCUAAUACAAGGUUGUAUUUUC